AUGGUGCAAAAAUACCAGUCACCCGUCCGGGUGUACAAGCAGAGCUUUGAGUUGAUUAUGGCUGUGAGUAUUAAAUAUUAUAAUUAAAAUGAUCGUAUUUGCAUUUACGAAACAGUAUCUGGUAGUAGGAUAGGUGAUCUGCACGUCUUAGAUUAGACUACAGCAGGCAUAGGCAGCCUUCGGCACUCCAGAUGUUUUAGACUACACCUCCCAUGAUGCUUUGCCAGCAUUAUGGGGGAUGUUAUCCAGAACAUCUGGAGUGCCGAAGGCUGCCUACCCCUAGACUAGGGUGUAUCGUGGAAUACAUUUAAUACAUAGGUUAAAAAAUGUUUCCAUCUCUGAGUUUGAGAGUAGUUUGGUGAUGAUAGAAUACCAAACUACCUACCCACCUAGUCCGGAAAGAUUUUUCUCUCCUGGCUUCUCUGUUUAGUGUAUUGAACCAAUUGGAGUCCAACAUCCAUUGUAGUGAUAUGUGAUAAUCAGAUGUUGCACACUCGUGUGUUUUCUCCACCCAUGCUGCAUACUCGUGAAAGAAACCGUUCUUUGUUCUUGUAAUGUAAAGAUUUUUUUUUUUUAUGUGAAUACCCCUUGAUCUUGGAACAAAUGUUCAAACAAGUGGUGGGGAGAAAUUGUGCAGCAUUAUGGUGAAGUUCAAUAAAACCAUUUAGAUACUGUGUUUGUUACUGUUCUAAAAUGGGAAAAUCUGUAAUAUGAUCAUUUUUGAUUGGGUUUUAUGGCGGCUGUACAGUCGCUUUUCGUUAGUGCUGUUUGCGUUAUUUUCUUAUAGACUCAUUGUGAGCCAUCACUUGUGAUUUUUAGGUUACAGAUUGCUUACAGAUGGUGAGAUGAGGUCAAAUGAAUAAACCCUAUAUAUUUUUGAUGCCAAUAUCUUCUUACUGCAUCUCCUAAUAAUUGCAAGGAACUGUCACUCUCUUCAAGGCUAAUCUAAUCUGUUGUUUAGGAAGAUGCUCCUUAUAUCUGCUUCAGUGAUUGACAAGAUAUAGAUAGGAGGACAUACAUGUCCCCAGACGGUUAACUCCUUAAAGGGACACUCUAAUCAUUAGAACUACUUUACCUUUGUGAAGUGGUUUUGGUGCAUUGCUACUGGACUUUUUAUCAGGCAAUGUGGAUCGGCAAACCCUACUUUUUUCAGAAAACAUUGCAGAUGCUGAGUUCCAGCAUCUGCAAUGCAAUUAUUACAUCACACCUAUUGGAAAAAAAACUAUUUGCACUGUGUGUAGACUAUAUUACUACAUUAACAUUUAAUAGGUAUGGUUUAAAAAGGUAAAGAACCUUUAAACACAGGAAAACAAGGGAGAGUGAAGUAAGUACAGAAGAUUUUGCUCUAUAUUAUAAGUACAUUCACUAAGGAAAUUCUUAUUAGUGUGAAAUAGAAGAUAAAAUGACCAACGGUAGAUUCUAGAAAUUUAAAGUUAAGCCAUUAAUUUUCCUUAUCAGAAGAUAACAAGAAAUUAGUAACAUUUCAGUAAUGUCCAUAACUGGAAACAAGUAACCAACUAGAGACAUGUAGCUGUCUGUAACAACUGUAAGAAAAUUUAAAUGUAUCUUGUGAGGCAAAAAGCACACUUGGAAGAGAAAAGGGAGAUAUCGCCUAAAUGUCUAGUUUGGAUGAGUCCAAACUGGCUGAUAAAUACCGAUCUACCACCACAGCUUAGCAAUCAAAACACAACGAAAUAUUAAUAAUAGUGCAUGAGAAUAAUGAAAUAUAGUAUAGAUUUAGGUACCUUAGCUAAAAGUUAGGUUAACCGAACUCUGAUAUAGGUUGUACUUAUAGAUAAAUCUAGCAUGUAGAAGCCCCAAGUCUGUAACAAAAGGGUGUUUAGAGUGUCAACUCAGUCUAUGUCUAGUAGUGGAACGAUACCAAUAUCUAUCAAUGAUAUCUAACCCGAAGUCUGUGCCUUCAAGGGCACCGAAUAUAUUGCUAGGCUAAAAGAAUUACUAAAUUCUACAAAUGCACUUACAAUAACUGAACUCUUUCCCUGCGACCCCAAAGUCUGAUAGCCCCGGACUGCACCCAGGAGCCCUACAGAUUCCCUUAGGACAGGGGUGUGGAACCUUCGGCCCUCCAGAUGUUUUGGACUAUGUCUCCCAUAAUGCUCUUUGAGUAGUGAUGUCGCGAACUUUUCGCAGGAGGUGGGAGGAUCUGGGAGGGAGGGUCUGCUGCAGAUUGGCCGGGAUGUGUCUGCUGCCUGGAGUUCGCGACGAACCGUUCGCGACAUCACUAUCUUUGAGCCAUAAGGCUAGCAAAGCAUCAAGGGAGAUGUAGGUAAUAACGUCUAGAGGGCCGAAGGUUCCGCAUCCCUGCCCUGUAGGGCUCCGGUGCAGUCCGGGGUGAUUCACCUUAGAAGGGCUAUCAGACCUCUCUAGUGGGGGGCAACUGAGGGCAAUACCUGGUGCAGCCACCAACAAAACGCUUGUUGUGUUCUUCAUUCUGGAUUCUUCACGUUGCCUCAACCGCUCCCAAAUGUUGCCAGAAAGUUGGGAUCAGGCCUCGCAUAUUGGGUGUCACAGGGCAGUCCACUGUGUGCACUCCUGGGUCAUGGGUCGAUGGGUCAUCUGCCUCCCUCUCACCUACAGCACCAGGCCGCAGUUAGGCUGUAAGGUUGCUUCAGAGAAUCGUUCUGGAACUGCGAUAGUGUCGACUUUCAGGAACGCUGACUAGGAUCCCCAGCUUUGAGGCAAGUCGGCUGGGUUAUGUAGAGCCAGAUUUGUAAGCAAAGAACUCGCAAAAAGGGCUAGAACGUUGGAAAAAUUGCUGGAGCUCAUGCAAUGUGCGACCGCUUACCAUGCUGGUCAAGCCCCACCCCCCUUUUCUGUUGUAUUUAAUGUUUCUUUUUGCAUGUUUUCAUUUUCCUUUUUUUUUUUUUCUUACUUUUUGCACCAUUAGUUAUCUGUUCUCUGUUUUGCUCCCUUUUUUGUGUAUAUUAGAGAUGGGAUUUGGCUCUAAAGAUUAAAAACUAUAUUGCGUUGCUUAUCACUUACCUGUGCUUAGUGAACUUUUCAGAGUUCAUGGUUAAUGUUUAGUACACUUGUUGCUAUGCGAUCUUGUUUUAUCACUUAUUUAUUUUUUAUCACUAAUAAUAAAGUUUUUGCAUAUUAAAUAUUUCUAAUUGAGUGCGGUGUCUCCUCUUAUUAUAAUUAUAUUAUUUUUUUAAAUAGCAAUAUAUUGUGUGAUGUUCAAAUAGAGAACAGCAUGUACCGAAUAACACAUUGCAUUGCUGCAUGGUUCCUGGGAGAUUUCACACACUCCAUAAAUCUCAGUCUAGUGUAUUAGCAAUAAUCUAAUGCUUUAUAUAUUUAGUGCGUAUUACCAUUCGGUCCUAGAUUUGGACUGCGCUCUUUAAGAGACAAUCGUCUAUUUGGCUGAAUUUACAAUUCCUGUGUCGACACUUUGUCAAUAAAGCUUUCUGUGAGCUUAAACUUUAUUGUGCUCCCAAAACCACAGUUAACAUUUUUAUAAAUUAACUGUGUGCUUAAAGGUUUUAAUCCAUUGAUCUCUAGAGCUUGGAAAAUAACUGUUGUGUAGUAGAACAAUUAUGUUUUUUUUGUUUUGUUUUUUUUAAGAGUGUGUUGUGUUUGCAUUUAUUUUAUUUAUCUUAGUUUCUGUUGAAUCGUUUGCAGUCUUUUAUUCUGUAUAUAUUUGCUAUAGGCUAAGCAGCAGCUAUAUGGUUUUUAGAACAAUACAGCAAGUUUGGACUUCACUUUUUGCAAAGGUUUCCUACAGGCCAGCCAAGUAAAGUCUCUGUUGAUUCUUUUGAAUUCUUACGUAAUGAGCUGAGAAGUGUGCUAAAUACAAAUCAACAACACAAGCCGAAAACCCUUUUUUAUAUAAACAUAGAAUGUUUAAGUAAGCACCAUUUAAAAUGUUGCCAAGUGUGUGUAAGAAUGAAUCUUCAGACUAUUUAAAGGAACACUAUAUUCUCAGGAAUAUAAACAUGUAUUCCUAACACUAUAGUAUUAAAAUAUUUAGUUCGCCGGCCCCCUUUAGAUAGCAGUAAAAAAAGUGAUUAAACUAAUUUAUUUAUUUUUUCUCCCACGCCACGCCAGUCUUGCCACUGCUGGUUUCAUCUCCAUGGCUGAGAUCAUCAGUCUUGAUUAUCUCAGCCAAUCCAAUGCAUUUCUACGGGAAAGAAUUGGGAGGCUAUUGCGCAUUAGCGGCAAAACGCCAAUCAGCAUCUCCUCAUAGAGAUGCAUUGAAUCAAUGCAUCUCUAUGGGGAAUGUUCAGUGCUUCCAAGCAGUGUGUGGAGACGCUGAAUGUAGAUUAUGCACACUGUGCAGCACUAACACAGGAAGUACCUCUAGUGGCUGUCUGAGUGACGACCACUAGAAGUGUUUCUAGGCAAUAAUAUAAACACUGCUUUUUCUCUGAAAGGCAGAGUUUACAGUGCUCAGCCUGCAGGGACAUUCUAUAGACACUAGAACAACUACAUUAAGCUGUAGUUGUUCUGCUAACUAUAGUGUUCCUUUAAGGGGAGUGCUAGUAACACUGCACCCAGCCUUGGGUGUGCUUGGGUUAAAUUUGUGACCGUGAUACUUGCCAAAUAAAAUUCUUUCAUUUUAUAUCACCGUUUCUAGUCAGGCUCACGGUGACUUAACUCUAAAUAUCAGUUCUAUCUAUCUUAAUCCUUUUCCCCACACAUCCUGUUAAUUUAUAGUCUCUGCAAACCAAAAUUUGCCAAGAUUUAGCUUUAGAAAUGUAAUUUAAGCAUUACAAUAUUUAUCCUAGAUUUUCCCAAAAUUAAUGGAAGUUUUUUUGGUAUUGAAUAUUGUAUUGUACUGUGCUACGCAUACUUAUAGAAGGUAUCCAAGGAAAGUCUAAUCUUGAAAACUAUUUAUAAUCUGUAUUAGUGCACUUGCUAGAAGAGCGGGUAAUGUACGUUGGGAGAAACGCAUAGCAGAACUGCCUGGUCACUAAGGGGUUAACACCACGCGUGACUGAUGGUUAUUAAUUGAAACGACUUCCCACCGCACUCAAUCAUUCCUUGGCUGUGGUUUUGAGAUUAAAUAUGAAAAUCAUUUGUCAAGAUAACCCGCCCGCCUUUGUAUCUCCUCAAUAGUUUACACCUUAAACUCCUCACACAUGAGUGAAUGUGAGGGGUUAAAAGCUUGAGAGUAUGGGGCAGCUCUAAUUAUUAUCCUUCGUGUUGUUAAGACACGCAGUAUAUGCAGGCCCCUUGAUUGGAACUCUGCGUGCUAAUCCAGUUUACAGGAAUUUAAAUGAAGUCUUUUGCAGCAUAAACACUGCUGUUGUAAAAAAAUGUAUCGUGUAUACACCUCAUUCUGUGCAAUGUUGCAUGCUUUACUGUACAUUUUUCACAUUCAAUUUACUGUGAAACAUCUGAGGUUUAUUCGAUUUCGGUCUUGUUUCUAGUGGCUAACCGUCCAUAAUGGGGGAAAAAAUGCUCUCCGAACAUAUAACUCGACAGCCAAUAACCAUCAAUUGACCCACUUAAGACUUGUGACCAUUAAAUAUCUGAGCAUGUCUGAACUCGAAAGCUUGUGACUUGACUGCUUUUUCGUACUUAACCGUUAUGUCAACACGCUAAACGUUUUAUUCUAUUUUUAAUUUUCUUUAGGCACAGUGCUGUGCAAGCCAUCAUUGCAGAUUUAACGUGUCUGCUAUAUGCAUUGCUGGUGGUUGUUUUGAAGUAGAGAUUUUUGGAAAGCUUAGUGGGAGUUUCAGGAAGUGAGGGAGGUUGUGUUUUGUCGAGGGCUCUGAGCUAUUCAGCUGCUAUGCGAAAUUGAUCGAGAACAUUAUGUUCUGAUGGUACAUAAUGUGUUUCCGUAUUGUAGAACAGAACAAACCUAGUGCAUGUGAAUUUAAACCACGUGACCAUACAAGUGGCCAGGUGCUUUCUGAACCACAAGAUACUGCAGGUUUCUUUUUUGGAUUUUAUGUUUUGUUUUCCCCUUCCUUUUUUCCUUUUGUUCAAAAUUUACUUUUUUAUUUGAUAUCUCCCUAAUCUUCUCCUUCCUCCUCCCCCCCCCUUUUUUUAAAUGCUUUUAGGUUGUUAGUGAUGGCAAAAAGGUGGUAUCAUGGGAAAUGCAGGUUGCAAAUGCCUGCACGGCCAAAGUUGGCAUUUUUACAAGGUUGUGAUGCCAGAAGCAGCCUGUCUCCAUUGCCCACUCAGCGGCCAAACUGUUUUGUCAUUGGCCAGUUCAGAAUUCUUGUUUUAGGCUGGUUAAUGAAAGCUGCCAGGCAUCGAGUCUCCCCUCCGGCAGCUAUACUAAAUAUCUGUGUGUGUGUGUGACAUUUCUUACUCUGCACAUAUAGGUUUUUUGCACCAUGACCACUUAAAAAUGCAGAAGUCGUCAUGGUGGUUGAAGUAACCUUUUAUUCGCUAAACUUGAAUUGCAAGCUUUUCCGUUCAAAAGUGAUCAUUAACACACACUGUAAGCCAAGCAUUAGCUACCCAUUGAUUGAUUUAAAAAAAAAAAAAAUUUUUUUUAUCUAUCAAUGGGGCGCUACUGAUUGGCUUAGUGCAGAGGUGCCCAAACGGUAGAUCCCCGGAUGUUUUAAAACUACACAUUCCACGAUGCUUUGUCAUUCUAAAAGCAUUCUGAAGGCAUGCAAAGUAUCAUGGGAGUUGUUCUAAAACAUCUGGGGAUCUACCUAUUGGGCACCCCUGACUUGGAGUGACUUCUCUAAGCCCCUUCCUGACCCAGAGAUUCAAAAAACUGGGUGCCACUCACGUGACCUGCUAGCCAUUCUAGAAUGGUUUAACCCCUUAAGGAAAGAGUGUGGGGGGUCUCCUAGCUCCAUAACUAUCUAAUUUGGAUGAUGUCGUUAUGGUGACUGGUGUGUCUCUUUAAGCUCUGUUUAUUCUAAAAUGUGCCAUUCUCUCUAGUUCCUUGUUGUUGUUGUUGUUGUUAUUGCCAUUUCUAUAGCACCAACAGAUUCCGUAGCGCUCUACAAUAUUAGAGGGGGUAUUUAACUAUAAAUAGGACAAUUACAAGAAAACUUGGGUACAGGAACGAUAGGUUGACGAGGACCCUGCUCAAACGAGCUUACAGUCUAUAGGAGGUGGGGUAUAAAACACCAUAGGACAGGAAAUGGCAAUCAAAUAAGAUGGGAGUGAAGCAGAGCUGGAGGAGAGAGUAGAGUGCUACACUUUAGGAGAGCGCAAGAGAAAGUAAUGUGAGGUAGAGGUUACUCUGGGAGGCCAUAAGCUUUCCUUAAGAGAUUGGUUUUAAGGCACUUCUUAAACGAUUGAAGACUAGGGGAGAGUCUGAUGGCCGUAGGCAGGCUUUUCCAUAGGAAGGGCGACAUCCGCAAGAAGUGCUGUAUAAAGAGAAAAUAGAAGGGGACCAAAGACAGUCUUGGGGACUCCAAACGAGACAGGACAAGAGGAGGAGGUGUCAUUAGAAAAGGAGACACUGAAUGAGCAUUAGGAGAGAUAAGAGGAAAACCACAAGAGGACAGUCACAGAGACCGAGUGUUUGAAGAAGGAGCGCAUGACCAACGGUGUCAAAGGCAGCAGAGAGGUCAAGAAGAACUCGUAUGGGUUAGUGGCCUUUGGAUUUAGCUGCGGUUAGGUCAUUCAUAAAUUUUGAUAAGAGCAGUCUCAGUAGAGUGGAGAGGACGGAAGCCAGAUUGAAGAGGGUCGAGGAGAGAUUUGGAAUUGAGGAAGUGAGACAUAUGGGUAAAGACAAGUCUUUCCAGACACUUUGAGGAAAAAGGGAGCAGGGGUAUGGGACGAUGGAGGGGGAGGACCGGUCAACAGAUCGUUUUUGUUUUUUUCAGGAUAGGUACUACAGUGGCAUGUUUAAGGUCAACAGGGACAACGUCAGAAGAGAGAGAGCAGUUGAAGAUGUGUAUUAAGGAAGGCACAAGACAGUGGGAGAGACAUCUGAUAAGGUGAGAUGGGACAGGAUCGAGCGGGCAAGUGAUAGGGCGAGAAGAAAGGAGAAGCGCAGCCACCUCUUGUUCAGUAGCCAGGGAGAAAGUCUUAAGGGUAGAAAAGGCAAGAUCUACAUGUGGUUGAGAAAGAGAACGGCAAGGUGGAGAGAUUCUUUCCUUAGUUGUUCAAUCUUGUUUGUAGCAUGCAAAGCUAUCGGCUGUAAGGUUAUUUUGGGGGGUGGCCACAGCAGGGCGAAGAAGAGUUAAAAGUGUCAGACGCCAGGAAUUGCGGGAGCAUGAACUAAUGAGAGAGGAAAGGUAUGACUGUUAGGCAAGGGCUGCGCUGUAUGAACACAGUAUGAAUCUAUAAUGGAGAAAGUCUGCCUGGGUGCGAGAUUUCCUCCAGGAGCGUUCAGCACAACGGGACCUACUUUGCAGGUAGCGUGUUGAUUUAGUAUGCCACAGCUGGGUGCAAGUUUUGGAGCGGGCUGUAGCGUUCAAGGCUGAGGUGAGGAUAGUGUUAUAUGUGGACAUGGCCAGAGAGGGAAGGGAUGAAUAGCAGUUGUGAAUCAAUAUCAGCUGACAGCUGCUGGAGGUCAAUAGAAUUAAGGUUCCUUCUGAGUUGAGGGCAUUAGGCUGAGGUUGUUGGGUGAGGGGUAAACGAGAGCAAGCGAUAAGAAGUGGUGAUCAGAGAGCGAGGAAAUGGAGUGUUGCAGAUAUUACCGUAUAUAUACUCGAGUAUAAGCAGAGUUUUUCAGCACAUUUUUAAUGCUGAAAAAUCCCCCCUCAGCUUAUACUCUAGUGAGGGUCCCAAUUGCAUUGCCAAUAAUACAAACCCGGCGAUCCUGGGGGGGCCCGCAGAAGCUCUUACUUACCUUCCCAGCAGUUCCCUUCAGCUCACCUGUCUAAAUCUCGCGUUGGUUACCAUGGCAAUGCUCCGCACGGCACGCAGGCUGCGAGAGUUACACAGCGGAGCUGAAGGGAGCUGUUGGGAAGGUAAGUAAGAGCUUCUGCGGGCCCUAACUGCACAGCCCAUGCCACCGGACCACCAGGGAUUGACUUACCCCCCUACCUGGCCAAGUAUGAAGCAGGGAGGGGGGACUAAAAAAAAAAGUUAACAAAAAAAUAUAUAUAUUUAAAAAUUUAUAAAAAUGCCCUUCCCCCACCCAGUUUACACACACACACUUUGCAUUCUAUACACACACUGCAUUCACACAAACACACACUUUCUGCAUUCAUUAUAUACACACACUUUCUGCAUUCAUUAUAUACACACACACUUUCUGCAUUCAUUAUAUACACACACACUUUCUGCAUUCAUUAUAUAAACACACUUUCUGCAUUCAUUAUAUAUACACACACACACACACAUAUAUAUUCUGGCAUGUAUAUUUUGUGCAUUUACCUUAAUAAAUGGUAAAUGUACAAAAUAUUGGUAAUUUUAUUGGUAUCUAUUUUUAUUUUGAAAUUUACCAGUAGCUGCUGCAUUUCCCACCCUAGGCUUAUACUAGAGUCAAUAAGUUUCCCUGUUUUUUUUUGUGGUAAAAUAAGGUACCUCUGCUUAUACUCGCGGAUAUACGGUAGAGAGGGAGGGGGGGGGUGGGCAGAAUUUUAAAGGAGUAGUGGGGUGAAAGCAGAAAUCCACCGCCACCACCUUUACUCUCAGCUUGUCUUGGGUUGUGGGUAAAGUGAAGACCAUCAAAGAAUAGUGAGGCAGGGGUAGCAGUAUCAGAGGGAGAGAGCCGUGUUUCCGUUAGUGCAAGUAGGUUUAGGGAGCGUGAGAUAAAUAGGUCAUGGAUUAAAGUUGAUUUAGCAGUGUGAAUCCUGUUUUAGGCACUAGACGUUCAGAACCCAGUAAUUUUGAUUGCAGGAAGUGUAAGGGGAAAGCUGAGCUACAUUUCUGAUAAUAGAAGUGGAACAUUUUGUUUUCCUGAGUUAGACCGUUUCUAGGAGAGAAGGCAUUGUCAAGCUUGUGGCAAGAAGCAGGAUAAUAGUCGGGAAACUUGCUGAUAACUAUUACCGCAUGAUUUGGAUUGGUACAUGAUCGGAAGAAGUAAAGGCUUGCCAGCAAUAUGUUAUGGAAUGUGUUUUUGAAGCCAGCCGGUUCAGUUAUAAAAGUAUUUGGCUGCGCUGAUUUCUUUUGUUGGCAGGUAUACAGUGCAGAGCAGAUGUACAAAAUCAGCCUGAUGGAUACACCUUACCGCUUCUGACCCGUCUUUUCUUCAUGAUCAUUUCAGAUUUUGCAUCUAUGCACAUACAUUUCAGCCUUUUUUAUCGAGAGCUGCACAGAAUUCAGUGUUGCAUAACUGCAUUAAAUGGUUGCAGUGAGAGUGAGUUCAUUAUAUUGCUUGUUCUUAGUACAGGCCUGCUUAGGAAUGGGCCAAAAUCAGGUGUAUACAGAUUAAAGAAAAGUUACUUGUGCACUAUCCCAAAUAUAUAUGCACAUUUUAAUAGCUGUAGGUUUUUAGUAUUACUCCAAUGGCAAUUUAAGUGUAAGCUCAACAAUUUAAUUGUUUUGUUUUGUACUCUUUCCAAAAAAACUUCUUUACACAAAAACAAAACAAAACACCCAAGUUGCUUACAAUGACAAUCCAUCUGAUAAAGGUUUUGUAAAGUGUCGAAAUCUGACUUGUGUGCAUGUAUCUGCUUCUAGGAACUACCAGCUGAUCGGACAAGGGUGGGUUUUUGUUUUCUCAAAUAUCUACCUUGCAUUUUAGAGAGAAUGUAAACGGUAUUGCAGUGACACCCAAAAACAAAACUUAAUCAUAAUCCUUUUGCUGUGAACCCUUAAUUUCAUAACUUUAAAAUCCAAAUUUAAUAAAUUGCUCCACUGGGGGAUGGGGCCUGACCCAGUGACUCCUUCGCAGGCUUAUCCAAGCGAUGAGAACCGCAGCCAAUCCUGCCACCGGACACAGGGCACGCCCGGACUCGGUUGGCACAAAGAACCUGCUUCACAGCUCAGCGAGGGCCUCAGGACCACACGGACAGUCCCGACAAGCCUCGCUAUGCCCGCUCUACUCCCACACUAAACCUGUGGGUCCCUCCAAUGGAGGGCUCCUGAACUUGGCAAUGAGACACUCCUGGCUGGUAACACCGAGACAGCAGGCCGGGAGGGCCCUUCAAGUAAAGCCCACUGUGAUGAAAGAUCCCAGGGACUGUACUAGGCACUCAGAGGGGAUCGGAUGAGCGUAGGCACACAACCAGAGCCUGCCAGGCAUAUAACCCGCUAUAAAUGGACUCCCUCACCAUGCUUUAAAACAUAAGACCUUGAUUUUACACGUUAGCUAAGUGUACAGUUAUAGCCUUUAACCUGCUGUUAUUUUACUUUAAUUCCUACAGAGUUGUUGCCUUAGUUUCUUCAAUGUGAUAAACUAAAUGGAAUUGCAUUGGACCACUUGCCAGCACAAAUUAAUGUAGCAACCCAAGCCUGUUUAUAUAUGGCGACUCACUGUUGGUUUGCUUUCUCAUCUAAAAAAUGCCUGAAAGACAUGCAGUGCUAUACAUCUUAAAUGCAAUUGGCCAUGCCAUACACAUAUCUAGCCUAGCAUGGUAGUUAUAAAACACUGAUGGCUUUGCAGUGGGAGCCUUUCACCGACCGACAUUUUAUCUCCUACAGAGUUUCUGCCUUUGUCUCUUUAAAAGCGAGAAUCUAUGCAUCCAUUAUGUUCCUAUCCCUCCCAACAGGUUGCAGACAUGUCUAGAAAGUUUUUGCCAGAUUCAUAACAUUGUUUUGUCUGCCCCAUAGACAGUUUGAUGCAGCUUGUUUAUUCUUCCAUAAUGUACACCAAUUAAGCAACAUCUCAUAUGCGCACAUUACUUUGAUAAAGCCUUGCCCGGCAUGGCUUCUUUACUGCAUAUAGUAAGUCAAUAGCCACCCUAUCUGGUGGUACAUUAUGUUGUUACUAAGCUACUUCAACAUCUUCUAAUUUAAAAAAUGUGCAUGUAAUCUUUAAUACCCCUAUAUUAUAAGCGAUGAAAAUAAGCGUGAGGAUUGCCGUCGGGGUACCCCAUGCGUGUUAUUAAUGUCUUUAAUGCACUGCAAAAAUUUUUUUAGCUCCACUGCCUUUAGAGGGAAAGCUGGGCUAAUGAGCCUAUUGGCUUCCGAUUAAUUUAUUUUGAUUUAUUCCUAUUCGUUUCUUCUUCCAAGGAUUAACCAAAAUUUGGCAAUUUGUUUUCCAUGAUCAUUUUUAAUAAAAGGAGAAAAAGAUCUUGAUCUCACAAUAUCUAGAAGGGGGGGUGUGUUGUUUACCAUUCUAAACCCUAGCAAAGCAUUGUGGGAAUUGUACCUCUAAAACAUCUGGGGGCUAUCGUUUGCACACCCCUCCCCUAAACUAAACCGUGACAAAAUGGGGAGUAUAAAUCUAUUUAGUUACAGAGGCUGGAAGCAUGUUUAGUGAAUUGUGUUAUUCAUAUCCAAAGGGAAGGUUUCCUAAACACCCACAGAAGGGAAAAUCCUGGUUAAUUUGUUAUUUCAGUAGGUAAAAUCGUGCCUUGUACAUAUAAUAUUUAGAAGAUUUCUGCAUGACCUAAAUUUCUCUGGUUGACGUUUCUUUUGCAGUCCAGGCUUUAUCCUUAUCCAGAACAUUACAUAUCCUGCUGUGCUAUGUGAAAUCCCUAAGUAGGCAGUCUUUUUCCUACUUUUUAUUUUUAUUUUUUCUCCCCUCUUUCCAUAGUUUCCACUUUGUUGACAUUAUUGUGAGAUCAUGUAGUGUGCUUUAUAGGCGUUAGCGGUUUCAUUUUCCAGCAGAAGUACUGCUGUUGCAUAUUUGGAAUUUUAUUAAAACAACAUCCAACCUGUUUUGUAAUGAAAUGGCUGCAUAACAGGUAUCCUUUAAUUUACAGUGAACCGAUUUAGAAAUUAGAUUGCUUCCAUAGAAUACUCUGAGUAAGUUUAUUUAGAACACGAUCAGUUAUAUAAAUGGUUCUAAGUAGAUUAUAAAUCUAAAAAUAUACAGAAUACGUCUGCCUUGUGGCACCACACCCUAGUGUAAGUGUCCGUAUUGACAUCAGGAGCAUCAUCAAAUUAAGAAAUUUACAUUUACAAAACAAUUAUGCUAUAAAUCAAUAUUAAAGGGCAUUUUAAGACUAAAUAUAAUUGUUUAUUUUUAACCAUAGUGUACUCUUUAGGGUAAGUUUAGUCCCAGUACCUGUUCAUGCUUUUCACUCCACGCCAUCUCUUGUGGCUUGAUUAUUCAGCCCCGGGUUUAGGCUGAGAAAGGCUGUCGCCUAGCCCUGCCGCAGCAUUCUGUUUGCCGGCUCUUUGAACUUGAGUGAGUGAUGCCUAUCUCCGCUGGUCAUAGGGUGCUCUCCACUCCGCUGUCACCAUCGGGGAGGGGGGAAGGUUGCCACUCUGGUAUUAUUGCCACUCUGGUAUUAUUGCCACUCUGGUGCUUUCCACUGACCUCUCUGGCUCCCGCCACGCAGAUGCUGCCCAGAUCUGAUCCUGCCACCGUAGUGUGUGGAGUCAGCGUCGUUUGUAGGAGCCGUCGUGGUGUCGGCAGCCACCACCUUAGGUAAGCAGAGUUUCACUGCUUUCUCCUGCCUGUGCUUAUCCAGCAGGGUUUGUGUGUAUGUAGGUCCAUUCUUGUAGAGAUGCCGUGGUGGACUGGGAUGACCUCCACCGGUCCAAAGUGGGGGAAGGAGCUGCAAUGCCCUACAGGACUUCAGGGCUGGGAGACCGGCCGCGUCUCCUGCUCCUCAUCAACUGCUAGGCCGCAAGACGGACCUGCCUCGGCGAUGGGCGCCUGAAGAGUACAUGAUGCCCCAACACCGAGCGUCGUGGGGUGGGUAAGUGAGGUACCUGUUUAGCCCGGCUGUAUUGCAUCAAAUAAGGCUACUCGUUCAGAGCUUCGGUGCAUGCGGCUUCUUCGCGUGGCGAUCAAGCUCCGCCCCAGCUUCAUGUCCCUUUUAAACAUCAAGAAAUAUAUUAAUAUUUUAUUUAUCAACUCUUGUUACCAAUUUCCUACCAUUACUCCCUGCUCAGCAUACACAUCUUAGAUUAUAGUGAAAAAUGAGGCAGGAGGCAGUGGCCUUCAUUGAAACAUGGAAUCAAAAAUGGAAGGCCCAUAGUCAAGAUCUGGAAGGUGCCUCUGUACAUGAAACUGAGGAGCAACUGGCUAAUGCAGUUUACCACUGCUUUUAUAUACUUGCCAGAUACUGAUCAAAGAGAUUGUGAGAGAAAUCCUGCCUAGCACUUUGUUCGUGGUCCUGCAAGCAUUAGACUAAAGCCGAUAAGCUGGAUUCUCCACUCUUUUGGUUUUUGAUGAUAUGUUUCUCUUGUUUCUUUGCUUUUAUCCUUUGAUAUACCUAUCCUUUGUCUUCUCCAUGUGCAUCCCUACAUUGCCUGAAGAGGUUUAAUUGAGGACAUUUGAAAUGAAGUUUGUGAGGUCCCUUCCUCUAGGAGUUCAUAAUGAAAAAUAAUUACAAGGAUUUACUGGUAUUAUCUUUCUUGUAUGUUCUGUACAGAAUUUUUUGUUUUGUGAAAGGGACACCCUAAGCUCAAUAACCCUAUUAUUUCUUUGCAAUGGUUAUGGUGCCUCGAGUACUCUUGCACCAUUUCACAGUUUUUGAUUGAUGCAACAGUGAAUUGGAGCCCACCAUUACCCACAGCCUCCCCUUCCCCCGACAGGAUGGCCAAGGUGAGGGAGUUAAACUCCACUUUACGCCGUACCAAAUCAUGCUAUCAAUAGUGGACCGUGAUUGUCUGACUGUGUUGGCAAAUAGCAGUCUGCCACUGCCCUACUGGCAUACCUCCCAAUGUACAAAAUAAAAUAAUGGACAAUUUGAUUCACGAGAAACGAUGCAUUUUUUUUUUUCUGUGCUUGCUGCACCUCACAUAGACCUUACUCCUCCCAUUGAUGCAAUCCUGGCAUACGUUAACCUUAAAGGAACGCUAUAGCAUUAGGCAUACAAAAGUAAUAUUAUAGUGUCCUAGUCCAGUUUUGGUGAUGCCUCCUUCCUGCAAGGGUUAAAAAUCAAUUUUACUUACCUCUCAGCUGCAUGCUGUGCUACUUUCUCUGCGGUCACCCCGGUCUUUGGCUUUACCACAGGAAAGCAUUUGGAUGCUAGUGCGCAUGCACAGUAAAACAUUGCACUGCACUAAUCAGACGGUAUCUCUGAGACCAUCUAAUUGAAGUAGCCAUGUUUAACUCAGUUAUUUCUGUGGAAGCACCUCUAGUGGCCGCCACUAUGAGCUUCAGAACAGCAAUGUUUUAACUUGCAGGUUUAACCCCUUAAGGACACGUGACGGAAAUAUUCCGUCAUGGUUCCCUUUUAUUUCAGAAGUUGUGUCCUUAAUGGGUUAAAACAAGAGGAGCAUGGCUCCCUUUAUUAAUAAGACUUCCUUCUUUAUUCUGGUCAAGUUCUGUUUUCAGUGCUCAUAUUUGCAGAGAUUAUUUCAUUUUUUGGACAGUUUAUCCCCCAUCAGCUUUAAAAAAAAAAAAAAUAAGUAAAAAAAAAAAAUCAUUGGAUACAUUUUGUUAGUAGAAUCUGUUUAUUAGUUGUCAACAGAUGUCCUUUUCCGAGCAACUGUUUUUGUGAAGACAAUUUUGAAGCUUAAUCUAAAUAGAUUUUCUUCCUAGAAUAUCUCCAUUACAGCCUAUAUUUUAUAAAUUCUGUCUACGCUAACCAACCAAACGUAGCAUUAGUGCUUUAUCGGUCUGUUUUGACCCAAUUCAGUCAAGUAGAACAAGGCCCUCCGAUGACUUGCAGUGUUCUCGGACUGAACCAAUGGAGAGCUGUGCGAAAGGGAGGGGAGUUAGUCGGGCAGAGGGACAGACCUCAAAUGACGGAUUAAGCACAACAUUAACACUGAGUGCUCGUAAUUUCUGCAGCUAUCCUUUAUUACCAUCUAUUGGUGAAAUUAAAAUGUAUAAUAAUCAGAAAUAUUCCUCUUUAUUUACUGCAUUUAAAACCUUCUGAAAAAAAUGCUGCAUUCAGCAGAUAUUUUUAAUGUAUGCUACGGUUCCUUGUAACAUCUGUAUUUUGUAUCUGUAAUGCAUCACAUAAAUCUUUUGUGCCCACAUAUAAUGCGUCUGUUCCUUCCUUUUUUCGUUGUCUUUGAUCGCAACAUUUUUUUCAGUAUCCGGCAAAAUGAGAAUGAAAUGCACAUCUUUUUCGCAUAUUUUAUGGCCUUUCUAUACUGUUUGUAAAUGUAAAUGUGUUUUAUACAGAUCAAUGUGAAAACCAGAUUACUUGCUUGAUUUAUUUUGCCAUUUGUAAACCAAAUUAAUCUUUACCAGUGGUCUGCCUUCUUUCCAUAUUCGUUCAAUAAAUGCAUAUUGAAGAAAAACUGUUUGUACAGAAGUAAAAUGAAAUUACAGUAGUAAAACAUGAAACGUGCAUUGGCGUAUUGACCUAUUACAAUAGGAGGAAGUUAAUGCAAGUGGUGCAUAAUUUACUGCCUCCUUGUAUUUAAUCAACACUAUACAUCCGUCUAUGCCCACCACUACCUGAAUCUGCCCAUAGACUUCAAAACUCCUAGUGCUUUAUAGGUAUAAAGGGUGUUUAAUUCAGAGUCCUAAAGAUGCUCCACCAAUAAGGUACAGAGGUGCAAGGAGAGGGAGAAAGAGAAACUCCUUACCACGCAACAGAAGCCACCAGACUAGCGUGUCAUAUGCAACCACGCACUGAAUGAAAUAUCCUGCCCCUCCAACCCCAUUAGCUGCUGAUUGUGCAUAUGUAGAAAAGUCUGCAGAAGACAAAAAUUCCAUCCAGUACAACCACUGACUUCCGAAGGGCUCCUUUCUUUUAGUAGUGUUGGCACUCAAUGAAUCCACUCUCACCUUCUUAACUUGCGCCGCCCACAAAAAUAUGGGUGGUGAUGUACCCUGCUUCCAAAACAUCGGGAUCAACACCUUUUGCCUAGUCCAGGAGGCAGCGGAUAACAGAAUUUUAGUACGCUUGCUAGGACAUCACAGUAUGAUGAAAGCUUCACUACCUCAUACAUGUUUAACCAGAAAUCUUGGAUCUCUGAGCAGUGCCUACAAAUGUGGAGCAGGUCACCACUUCUACCCCCACAGCGCCAGCAGGCAUCCAAGGGCGACGGGUUCCAUCGCUGUAAUACAUAUGUGGUGUAGUACUACUGUGUUAGGAGCUUGUAAAGAAAGCUCCUGAGUCUUUGCAUCUUGGAACCAUGUAUGGAUUAGCACUAUGAUCCGGUCCCAUUUAUUCUCAGUAAGUGUCCGUCCCAGGGUUUCCUCCCACUUUCUUUUUUAUUUCUAUUAAGGGUCACCAGAACAAUUACAGCUUAUUGUAUUUGUUCUGGUGAGUAUAAUAAUUCCCUUUAGGCUUUUUACAGUAAACCAUGUGUUUUCAGAGAAAAUACAGUGUUUACAUUACAGCCUAGGGAUACCUCAGGUGGCCACUCCUCAUAUGGCUAUUAGAGGUGCUUCCUGGGGCAGUUCUGCGCACUGUUUCUUUAAAGAUUAUUUUGCUUUGUCCUAUGGUGCACUACAUAGUAUUACAUCUUCAGAAACUUUACUUCUUAGUAAAGUACUCUAGUUUGUAAAGUAAACCAAGCAAGUUUACAAUAUACAAUAUUAAAGUUGUCCUCCUCCUGACGUGAACACCGUUUCAGUUUACACCAAAUUUUCUUAAUUUACAGAUUUCUGGAAUUGUUUGGUUUUGACGAGUUAGUGGAACAAGAUAUUAAAUAUAUUGCUAGUUGAAUUGUUACCCUUUGUAUUUUGAGUUGUACCUUGCAAAGCAAUCCUAUUGAUACUGCUUUGCAAUUUUCCCAUGUAAAUUUUAUUUCUGGGCAGCAAAUAAAAAAGGUUGAGAGAACUGGGAUAACGAUUUUCUUCCUGCAGUUAGUAUGGUUAAAAAUAGUACAAGAGCCCUAGUAUAUAGAUUAGUGAGAGCAGAGUCCUUGUUUAUGAUGCACUGUUUUUAUAUAUGUUUUCUAAUCUUUUUCAAAGAUAGGGCAUGGCCUUUCACAUAUAUUAGCAGAACUACCAUAGUGGAUUCCUUUUGCAGAGAUAAGUACCAGAGGACAUGACUGACACACUGGAGAGGGUGAAAUACUUUCUUCAGUAGGCCUGGAUAGUUUGAACAGACUAGUCCCGUCAGAAGUCCUACAACUUCUGUGUUGGUAAACGGAGACUGUGAUGCCUCACGCACAACCAUGCUGGCCGGUCAAAUGUAGUUUCAGACUGCUUCAUUUCCCUUAUUGUUAUAACAUUUUUCUUUUUUGUAGAAGUUUUGCAAAUGCUCAUGAUUUAGUCUGUUCGCCAAUUCCAUAGCUAUAUUAAAAAUAAAUAAAUAUAUAUAUAUAUAUAUAUAUAUAUAUAUAUAUAUAUAUAUAUAUAUAUAUAUAUAUAUAUAUAUAUAUAUAUAUAUAUAUAAAAUAUGGAUGGAAGGAAAGUUUGUUCCUCUGAAAGAAUUUGUGAGACUAGGGGGCCUCAUGCUGUUUGUGACUGGUGAUUAAAAGUCAAGCAGAUCAGUUUUUCCUUUAAAGGGAAACUGUAUAUGUAUCCAUAAGGUUACGGCGAUGCUUUCAACAUUAAGAUUCAGCCAUCAUUGGGGACACAGCCCUUUUAUGUAACACUGUAUUGUUUUUAUCAAGAGAUUGUGUAUACAUACCGUUCAUGCGUGUCAAGUACCUCCAGUCUGAAGCAUUAAGUGUUCAGUGUGAUUAUGCUAUGUGUAAUCAUGCGUGUUUUUUUUGUUUUUUUUAAAGGUUUUAUUAAGAAUAUGCCUCUAGUGGCUUUCGGCCUCUUAAAGUGUUUUCUCUGAAAUAUGUAAAAAAUGGACUUCUCAGUAGAGGCAAUGUUUAGUUAUCGGUCUGCUGGGAAAGGGUGUGUGUUGGUUUUUCUUAACCAUUAAAAUCAAAUUUACUUUACUCUACAAAUAAGGAAGGUCAACUUAUUUCUGAAUUUAGAGAGAUCAAGAAUUUACUAAAUGUAACAAUUUUUUUUUCUAUAUAUCCUUUUUAAGCUGAUGUUGUCCACCACCUCCUGUCAAAGUUUUAUGAUGUAUAUAUUUUUUUUUUAAAUGUAUUUUUCCCGGCAAAGUAACAUACCUUAUAAUAAUUGGGAUUCUUGUUCAUUUGUUCUCUGUACGUUUCUCCAUCUAUAAAUCUGGUAGAGGUCAAUAUUGUUCAAGUCCAUAAGACUGAUCAGUUUUUAUGUAUUUUAGAUUUGCAAGCAUUUGAUAUACAUAUGUUGUCACAUUUUUAGCCUCACCGUGACAUAAUUUAUGACAUUGAAACUUUCUUUGCUCCUUGUCUUGAGUCCGCUACAGCUAAUACCAAAUUCCAGACCAGAAGACACAGCUACACCUUUUCUGAAGUUCUGUAGUGUGUGUGUGAACCUAUGAAGUACCCACUCAUACCUAGUCAAGAAUCAGCUGAGUAGCCAGUAGUGAGACUCUUCAUAGGUGUUCGUACUCUCAAAAAAGUGUACAGUCUUUAUCAUUGUUUAAUUAAAUAUCCACUGUUCUGCUUUACUGAGCCAAAACUAGCCGAAAGUGUCACUGACCUUGCAAGACUGUACUUUAUCACCAACUUAUUUUAUUUUUUAUUUUGUACGUAGAAGUUUUAAUUCUAAAGAUCGUAUUGCACCUUUUAAGUGGGAGAUUCAUAUCCAAUUAAAUCUGAAUCCUGAUUGGUAGAUGCAGAAUUGAUGUGCAUUAUUAUAGACAACCUUUUGAAAUUAAAGAAUGUUCAACUGACUAUAGAUAAAAACAGAUUAAGGUACAGCGCGCUCGCAAAAUAUACAGUUUAACCUUUUAAAAAGCUACUUAGCAGCGGAGUAGCCUUGUAAAAUUCAAUAGUGUAUUUUAUUUAAUUUCUUUGUGUACGUGCGCUAUUAUUUAAUCUGUAUUUUAUAAAUAUAUUCUUUACAGUAGCACCACUGCUGAGAAAUGCAUGAUCUGGGUGUGCCAUUAACACCCCCCCCCCUUUUUUUUUUUUCUCUUCUGUAUAGAUAAAAAGCAGUGAAGCAAAAAAAAAAAAAAAUUGUGAAUUUACUAAACCGGCAAACUGGCGCAUUGCAGUACAUAUGGUCUCCCGUGACAUGUGAUCUAGAUAAUAUAGCCGUGUAAAUCCCUCAUCACACACACACACCUUACAAUCCCUGCUCCUUCUUCAGGCUUUGUACGCCAUUAAAUUGCAUUAUGUUUAGCAUUGUGCUGAAAAGCAAUCAUCAAGGCUUCUAUUUCUCUCCCUAAUCAGAAGUGCAUUGAAUUCUGUAUUCUCCAAAAACCAAAUACAAAGCCGUUCUUUUAAUAAUACACUUCCUAUGUGAUGUUAUAAAACAUGACUCUUCCGUUGCAGUGUGAUAUGAAGGAGCUUCUGCUGAGCGUACAUUUAUUUUUAGUGCCAUUGUACUGCCAGGAAACAGUUUUUUUUUUUUUUUCUCUCUCCGCAGCAUAGGAAACCCUUCACGUCACCUUCCCAAACACCAGCCUGUUCUUAUAGGGGGGGGGGGGGGGGGGGAAAAAAAAAAAAAAAAGACUGAGUACAUGAUUCGCAGCCGUUCGUUGUAGUAUUCAAUCUCACAAAGUCUAUGCAGUGGAAAUGAUAUUGUAUGUAGUGACAGUACUUGAUUAGUCUUUUAAUAUUGUAAUUAUAUGGUUCAUUCAACCCAGACGUAUAACAUGCCCAGGUUCACGCUGCACCCUCCUCCAUAUGAAACUCACACGUCCUCUGUUUAUAGGAAACAUUAAUAAGGGAUAAAGGAUGUGCGAGGUUAAAGGGACACUAUAGGCAGCCUUACUUAAACAACCUUAGCUUAAUGAAGUAGUUUUGGUUUGUAGAUCAUGUUUCUGAAGUUUCACUGCUCAAUUAUCUGCCAUUUAGGCAUUAAAUCCUGUUUGUUUCUGUGUAUGCAGCCCUAGCCACACAGCCCCUGGCUGUGACUGACACAACCUGCAUGAAAACAAAAUAUUUUUCCAUUUUCAAUCAAAUGUCGAAGGAACACUAUUGUGUCAGAAAUGCAAUCCUGUAUUCCUGAAUGCUGAAGUGACUGUUUAGGUUACUUGCCUCCUCUCUGUGGUUUUACACACCACACCAUUCUUGCUGCCAGCUGGCUCUGCCUCCAUAGCUGAGAUCAUCAAUCUUGAUGAUCGCCACCAAUCCAGUGCUUUGCCGUAGGAAAUUGAGAAUUAAACAGCGAGACUGCAAGGGCAUGAUCUAAACAUCAAAACUGCUUUAUAAAGCUAAAGUGGUUUUAGUGCUUAAAGACCAAACUUCUGGAAUAAAAGGGAAUCAUGACAUGCCAUGUGUCCUUAAGGGGUUAAGAUCUGUUUGGAUACUUUCCACCUUGACUUGAAACAAAGUACCUAUAACUGUAGCGAUUUUUAUACUCUGGCUGGGUUUAUUAGUCAGUAAUAUGUUCGAUCACACAUUUUCUCAUAGCUGCUUAAACCAAUAUAACCCUCCUUGUAAAUAUUCUUCACAGAAUAUCUCCGGCACGAAAAUCAGCCAUUGAUCGAAUAUAUGUGUCUAUGAUCUUUACACUCUGUUGGGAAUUUUGAUAUUCCCAUGUUAUAAUUACUUGUGCAAAAUUUGAUUCUCCCCCCUUUUUUGAGUCAAUAUUUGUAUAUCUUUAACAUCUUGUUGGCAAAUGCUUUAACUGCAUACUUUGCAAUUUGUAUAAUUCUAGUCCAGUUUAAUAUUAGGUCCAUAUGUUUACUAAGGUGGACCAUCUCUAGUUAUCCAACAAGGGGUUAAUCUAAUCUACCGAGAUGAUUCCCCCUCUACAUCAUCUAUUACGUUGCUCGGAACUUACCAAUUAGAAGCUGUCACAUGGCACCAAUAGGAGGAUUUCUCUCCUUAUUUAAUAAUAAUAAUUAGCUACCAUAUCCUAGCUUUGUACACAGGUACAUUCACCACACAUUAUCUUUGUCAUAAGGUUUUUAUUGAAUAAAAUUUAUUUAUUUUUUGCCUUCUGAUUGAGGCAUUUUAUUAAUCCAGUACUAUGUCUGGCAGCGAUCAGCCCGUUAUUUCUGAGAUUUAACAAUGUCAUGCAUCUUUGACUCCAAUUUCAGACUGUGUAGUUACACCGCCCUUCUUUCUCAUAAUCUGUGACCGCUCCAUAAUCUCUCCUAUAGAGGAUAUCAAGGGGAUUCUCCAGUAUAAUGGAAGCAUAAAAAAACAAGUUUAGUCUAGCCAUUUUAAAAAAAAAAAAAUCUUUUUGCACAAUGUAUAUAUUAACCUUAUAGUUCUACCAGAAACGUAUCCUUCAUUAUUUUCUUUGAGAAAGCAUAUUAAAUGUAAGGGGUGCUGGGCAUGUCUUAGUAAUUUGCUUGUAAAUCAAUGCAACUGUAUCUCUCCCAACUUCCAAUGAUAUCCAAGUAACCAUGACUCUCCAUGACCCAUCCAAGAUAUUUGUGCCCAUGCAUUUUGGAACGCCUUCCUUCAAAACAUUUGGACACCAUAUAAUGAGAGAGAGCGAUGCAGCUGAUAUCCGAUGUGCUAUGGAAAGCCGUAAAAGGCACAUUUAUAUAAACCGCCCAAUGGCAGCCCUCACCAAGUAGUUUUUAUGAGUUCUGUUAGGUUGUUCUUAAUGGUUAAUUGUAGAGGGAGAAAAAUGGAUGUAGAGAAAAAACGUAAUUUAUCAAGAGGAGUUGUCGGAUGGGCUUACUUGGAAGAGAAUUGUUAGAAGAAGAAGAAAAAUUAUUUUAUUUUUUUGUGUGAGAUGCUCCUAAUUGUCAUGUUACUAUUGUUACAGUAAACUCUGUAUUAGAACAGGUGGAUAUAUGUUCAAGGACGGUUUUAUUCUUGUCACCCUGCAGGCAUAUGAGCGUCGGUUCCCAACGUGUCACCUGAUCCCCAUGUUUGUUGGCAGUGACGUAAUGAGCGAGUUUAAGAGCGAGGAUGGAUCCGUGCAUGUGGUGGAAAGACGCUGCAAACUGGACGUGGAUGCUCCGCGGCUGCUAAAGAAGGUCAGUCUGCAAGGCUCACAAAACCACAUGAUGGUACUUCUCCAGUGUAUAAUGAAUUUCGCAACAUUGUUCAAUGAGCCGGAUGUAUACUAAUCGGACCAAAGUACAUAAUUACCUGGAUUAGAUUUUACUACCUAUUUAAUGGGUCCUAGAGUUACGCAUCUUUGAUUGUCCACUUUUAAACAAAUCCUUCAGGUCUGCAGUGACAUCCACCGGAACCAGAAAAUGGCUGAGAUAUCGCAGCCAUUUUAAGCCUCCAUUCAUUAAGAGUGUGUAUGUUUCCUAUAAUUACAAGACCUUAAUUUAUUAGAAUAAUGUGUUUCCCAUGAUUCCAAGACCUCCAUUCAUUGGAAGAGUGUGUAUGUUUCCCAUAAUUCCAAGACCUCUAUUUUUUUUUAGAAAAUUGGACUGUUCGCUCCUUCGCAUUUUAGUUCUUUAGCUGCCUGAGUGCUUUAAUACUAUCAUCAAUCGCAUAUAAAGCUAUUGACGAAUGUUUCGUACUUAUUUCUGUGUUAUUGUCUCGUCCAGUUUAAAGUCAGUUCUUCAUUGCUUUUUACAUUUGUUGAAGGCUCCCCCUGCUGGGACUAUUCCUGUGCAGUUUUUUGUUUUUUUUCUUUACUAUAAAUCUAUAGGUUUUAUCUACGUGUGGUUUAAUCUAUCCUGGAAUGUUCUAUUUAAAUCGAGGGCUGUCACAUGGAGAGCAAAUACUUUUUUCUGAUUACCUACCCUCACCCCCCCUCCAAAAAUAAUAAAAGAUUUCAAGAGAGAGAUUUGGCAUGUCGAUUACAGUAAAGUGAGAGAUUUGACAUAAUGACAAGUACGGCUGGUACGUUUUGUAUUAACACCUCUAAUUUAUUCAAAUAAAACAUGAUCCACACUGCUUCUCAUUCAUCACUCUUAUCAAAAACAUAAGGAGUAUAAAUCUAUUUUUAUUGUUUAAGUGUCCAAAUUUAUUUUAGAAUUACUUCCAACAGCCCCUUUAUUUUGUUGUGGUUUGUUGUUUGUUUUUUUUUGUUUUUUUUGUUUGUUUUUUGGGGGGGGGAGGGGGGAUUCCCAGCACUGAGGCAGUCUCUCUGCUCAGUAUUGGCGAUAUAUUUUGAAAGAUGGUUUAAAACAAGUGUGAAAGGCAAUCCUCCUAAUUGCCUCAUUGUCAGCUGGGAGGCAUUACAAAGGUAAUUUAUAAAAGGGCCAAUUUCUUUUGAAAUCUGCACUUUUCUAAAAUAAGCCUGAGGGAACAUGUAGUUAACCCCUCAGCACUUUAGUUAGCUCACCAAAUUGCUUUAGGGGACUGGAGUUAUCUUUGUCCUCUUUAGUCCUUAAAUCUUCUUAUCUGACCAAAUUCUAUGCAGGUAAUUAAGAGCUAGUGCACAUUCAUAAACCCUGGUGUUUGCACAAGCAUAAGAUAUCUAAAAAAAACUAUGCAUCCUGUCUGUAUGAGAUGCCAAUUUACCAAGACUUUCAGUUAAAUAAGUAAGCAAUGCUUCUGACAAAAGAUGUAUUAAAGGAACAUUCUAAGCAUCAUAACACUACAACUCAAUGUAGUGGCUAUGGUAUCGGGAUUUCUCUGGAACCCUGCCCACAGUAACCCAUGAGACCGUUUUUACAAUUUACCUGGGUCCCAUCAGGCACCUGUGGAGGUAGUCCUGUGCAUCCAGUUUUUGUUCUAAACCAGCCUAGUGACUGGUGAGAGUCCACACACGUGACUGGGGCAUUGAGGGAGAAACACAUGCCAUGUGUCAUAUGGUCCAUAGGAUAUCCUGAUUUGCUUAAAAUUUAGGGGGUUUAUGAUGCAUGUAUUUUUCCCUGUAAACUAAAGCAAUGUCCUGUUUUUAUAUUUUUAGAUUGCAGGGGUAGACUAUGUGUACUUUAUCCAGAAAAACGCUCUGAACAGACAGGAACGCACUCUGCACAUCGAAGCCCACAAUGAGACUUUUGCUAGCCGCAUAGUAGUUCACGAGUAUUGCUCCUACACUGUAAGUACCACUGGGAGAGAGGAAUGUUUUAUACUGUUCAUAGAUUGUGGGAACCUAGUUAGUUUUUUAACAAAUUUGAUUUUUAAUUGUUGCUUGCUACGAUUUGAGUAUUCAUUAACCUUAAACCUAUUUCACCAUCAGCCCCUGAUCACUGAUUUGUAGACGUCACUGCUAUGUGUGUUAACCAUUUUCUAUGCACCGCACACUUUGGGUUUUACAUCAUGUGCCUUUGUUCUUCAGGUACACCCUGACAAUGAGGAGUGGACUUGCUUUGAACAAUCUGCCAGCCUGGACAUAAAGUCGUUCUUUGGUUUUGAGAGCACAGUGGAAAAAAUUGCCAUGAAACAGUACACUAGCAAUAUCAAAAAGGUUAGUGCAUCUCCACCAAAAUUUUACCACUUCAACUGAAUUAUCUAGUGCUUUGUGUGCAGUAACUGCUCGUUGUCUCCUUUCCAACAUUUCCACUGUGUGAGCUCCUCUUUUUUCCUUGUUAGGGUAAAGAGAUUAUAGAGUAUUACUUGAAACAAAUGGAGCAGGAAGGGAUCAACUACCUGCCUCGCUGGACUCCUUGUACCAUACAGAAACAAGAAAGCAAAACAUCUACCUCAAGCCGGUCUGUGUCUCUGCCCCAGGCCAUACCGAACACCAACGCCAAUGACGGGCAUGCUAGUAGGGACGCACGCUGUCCAACAUCCAGUCCCUCUGAGCCGCUUAGCAGCACACCAGAUGGUAUGUCCAAAGAUCACACUUCCCAGUCUGCUGGUUCUUACAAACCUUGUAAGGUUUGCUCCUGUCCUGAGUAGCCUGCCAUCUUCUGUUGUGUUAUUGCUUCUGGACUUUGCAGAUGACCUGGUGGUCUCCAGGAUUAUUGGAGUACAUUGGGUAUUUACUUCUCUAGCCAUUAAUGGCAUACAGUGGGGACUAAAAAAUGUUUAAUUCAAAAUGUGAAAUACAGCCAUAUUUAAUACCUUGUUGAAGCUGUUGCAGAUCAUUGCUGUUUAACCCCUUAAGGACACAUGACAUGUGUGACAUGUCAUGAUUCCCUUUUAUUCCAGAAGUUUGGUCCUUAAGGGGUUAAGGACCUUGCAUUACUAAUGAGCGUUAAAUUUCCUGUUAAAACAUCUGCAAUCUUACAAAUAUUGGAGAAAGCAAUCUUCACAGGGAAACAUUUGAAGUACUAACAAGCAUUUUUUUUAAGCGUAUAUAACUUAUCUUACAUUUUUUUUAGACAAACUGGAUGCAGAUUAUAUCAAGCGUUAUUUGGGAGACCUCACACCUCUACAAGAGAGUUGCUUAAUCAGGCUUCGACAGUGGCUACAGGAAACCCACAAGGGCAAAGUAGGUAUCUUCCUUUUUAAAUAAUUUUUUUGUUUUUUCCUCAGUUGCUUCUUUUAUUGCCGUUUUUAAAAUUACAGAUGUACCAAUAUACACAAUCAUCAGAGUGCCUAAGAAUCGACACAUAAGGAGAACAUAAUCGUAUACACAAAACAAUGAAUAUGAACACUACAAUACUUAUAGCCCAAGUAAUCUGAUUAGAUACGAUUGCAUGACAUAAUGGUGACAUAAUGGCACGGAUAUGCAAAUAAUUAAAUUAAUAAAUCAAUAACUCUGUGUUUUUUGUACCAGUUUGCAAAAGGAGAAUUUCAUAGCAAUACUCCAAGCACCGUAACCACUACAGAGUUUUAGAAUUUAUGGUGUUUGGAGUAAAGCUUUAAAUGGAAGGGGGGUGGGUGUAAGAAGGACAGAUUUGAGUACAAGAACAGAAUUAUGGGAAAAUGCAAAAGAGAUGUAGGUAGGGAGAAAAAGAAAAUACCAGAUUAGACUAACAGGUACUGAGAGGCUUAGGAAAGAUGCCUAAAAUUUGAGAACAUGCAUUAUUAAUGUUGGAGGUCCAGGUCUCUUUAAUAAUUAUAACACAUUAAUAUUUGUGGGGUUUAGACCUUGAAUUGUGUCCAAAAGAAAAUGGGUCACACUGGUUCUUGGUUUGAAGCAAACUUGGGUGAGUGAGAGAGUUUUAUUGUUGGUUGUUCUGGUUGGGUAUUUGCCGAUAGUCACUACAGAUGAUGCAGUUGGAUACCUGCUUCAGGAGUAGUUAUCACUGAGCUGGAGCCAUUUCUCAUAAUUAACAAUUUCACACACUAUCCCCAUUUAUAGGGAAUUUUGUGUGUGUAGGAUUGUUACUACUGAAAGGUCCCCACAAUUUUCUAGAGAGAAGGUGGAUGACCAAUGAUUUUCAUCCUGUUUCAGAUUCCCAAAGAUGAGCACAUUCUUCGUUUCUUGCGAGCGCGGGACUUUAAUAUUGAUAAAGCCAGAGAACUCCUAUGCCAGUCACUCACAUGGCGUAAGCAGCAUCAAGUAGACUACCUACUGAGUACAUGGGAUCCACCACAGGUACUACACGACUUUUACGCUGGAGGUUGGCAUCAUCAUGACAAAGGUGAGUUUUUAUUGCUUUGUAACCAGUUUUGCAAAGGGAAUUCACAGACGAGAAGUUAUACUGCAAGUAGUAUGUGUUGUUCUCGAGUAAUAUCUGGGAACGUUUAGUAUUAAACAGUUUGAGGGUUUUAUAGCCUACAGAUGAGCGGACAGGCUUAGUCAGCUAAGUGAUUCUAUUGAUUCCAGUGUGAAAAGGGAAUUGCAUAAAGGUGUGUUUUCAAGGGGUUAAACGUGGUAUCUCUUCCAGAUGGUCGGCCACUGUACGUGCUCAGGCUUGGACAAAUGGAUACAAAAGGUUUGGUCCGAGCUCUUGGCGAGGAAUCACUUCUCAGACAUGUACGUUUUAUUCAAUAAAAUGUGGGAUUUCUCUUUCCUUCAGAAUGACGAGUUCAGGACUGUCAAAAUGUACCUCCUGAAGAUAGCAUAUAACUAUAUUGAUAUACAUUAUUUUAUUUUGUGACGUUUUAAAACAAAAAUAGGUGUAGUAUGCCACACGUCUAUCCCGGAACCAGGUGCCUCCAUCUUGGCUCCCUGUCAACCCCAAUUAUAAAUGUUGGCCUUUUCUGCCGUUGAGUAUAGUUAGGAAAAAUGUAUAAACCAAAACAAAAGCAUGUUGUUAUUUGCAUUGUGUGUCCUGGCAGUGCCACUUGCUAACAUUUAUGAAUAAUACAUUACAUUAUAAUCUUAUUAUAAAGACACAUUCCACGUAACAUAAACUGAGAGCUGGAAUUUCUUAAACCAGAAGUUCCUGUAGGGCUUAACUCCCUGGCUGAGAGGGUCAGCUGAUCUGGUUUAGGAGCUUCUGGCUCUCCAGCAUUAAUCGUGGAAGCAGGGAGUGGUGUACAGAGGACUCCGGGUAAGAAGUCAAACCACUGAAUUAAAAAAAAAAAAAAAGUACAUUGAGGACGUGCCAGGACCAACGAGCUGAGUGGUUAUGGUGCUUAGAUUGUGCCUUGAAUAUACAUUUUAAAAACAACUUGAAAAAGGUUAAAAGAAGUUCUAGGUAAUCUUUGUUUUAUGCAGUGGUGUAAUUUCCAGAGAUGUGACUGUUCCUUCGUUAUUGAUUGACCAGUCUUAGCAUAGCAGUCUGUUUUGAGUUCCAUUGAGGGUUAUAAUUUUUUUUUUUUUAAAUGUAUUUCGAAGGUUUUCUCUGUAAACAGAUUGUGGAACAUUUAUGUAAUCAGACACGUUUUGUCCAACAGAUGGAAAGAAAAUAAACCAGAUCUCUUUACCUUAACAGGUGCUAUCAAUCAAUGAGGAGGGACUGAGACGCUGUGAAGAGAACACCAAUGUUUUUGGCCGCCCCAUCAAGUGAGAACACUAAGGAGGGAGAGGGUGGUUUUUAAUAUGUAUUUUCUACAUUUUUCGUAACCAUUACUCAGUUGGCUCUCUUGGUUACUAACCAUUCCCCAGCUCUAAACCCCUAAUUUCUAGUGUUCUCGGUCUAUAUCUGUGAGGUAGUUUCCAACCUUAGAAGAAUUGGGUCUCUCUGAGGCAUAUGUUUUGUUUUACCUUUGCUUAUUAACGACUUUUCUUAUUUCUUCUUGAAAGUUUUAAUUCCUAUAGCAACUCAAAACUUUGAUAAAGCUGUUUUGUGCGGCAUAUUGCUUAUCUAAUGGUUUUGUCAUUGCUCAUCAUGUUUUGUAUUGCCUUGUAUGUGGAAUGUAAAUAAAAAAAAUAAAAAGGUGUGAGGAGAUAAGGCACCGACUGAACUCUUCCAUGGCCAGUAGGUUUCUUCUAACACCGUGUUGAAUCCAUUUUUUCCUUGAAAACUAACAGAGGGGUUCUUAAAUAUACUUUUUCCGCUUCCAUACCUGUUAGUAUUUGUGAGUUGAAGGUGAGCGUUGUGUAGACUCUAUACCAAUGAUUUUUGUUAAUGUGAUUUUUUUUUUUUUUAUUCCAUUCGCCCAGUUCCUGGACCUGUCUGGUAGACUUGGAAGGUUUGAACAUGAGGCACUUGUGGAGGCCAGGAGUCAAAGCUUUGCUGCGUAUCAUUGAAGUGGUGGAAGCCAAUUAUCCAGAGACAUUGGGACGGCUACUGAUUUUGCGGGCCCCAAGAGUCUUCCCAGUGUUGUGGACAUUGGUAAGUUAUUUUUCUUUUAUGUAGUAUCCUUUAUCUGUUUCAAUGUGACUUUACCAUAUUUCGACACUGGACGAACUCUAAACAGUACUUGAGCCAUGUAUAGGAAGCCAGGGAAAAUACAAGAAUAAGGAGUACGUGAAACGGGCUAUAACGAGAGCUAGUUUGAUAUAUAUAUCCUGCUAUAAUUGUGCUCAGAGAGCCACUAUCCAAUUGUUAAACCAGUAAAUGCUCCAUAUUCAUUGUUUAGCCCUUAAUAAAAAGUUUUAUAUAAAUUUAUGCUGACAUUGAGUUGUCAAAUAUGUCUAUGUUAAUGUUAGUGUGAGGAAAGAGCUGAUUUAAUACUGAAAAGUUUUUCAGUUUUUUUUUUAUGCUGCGUUCAUUGUACUGCUCUUUACCUAUUACCCUUUUUGAGCUUUCUGUCCAGCUGAUUUAGUGCUUUGUACAUAACCUUCUAAAAUAACCUUUGCCCCUGCAGGUCAGUCCAUUUAUAGAUGAGAAUACCAGGAAGAAAUUUCUGAUCUAUGCCGGCAAUGAUUACCAAGGUCCCGGAGGACUGCUAGAUUACAUUGACAAGGAGGUUAUCCCUGACUUCCUUGGUGGGGAGUGCAUGGUAAGUAAUAAAUGGCAGAUCAAGCCAUGCUGGGAUCAUACAGAAGAGCAUCCCAAGUAAUUAGAACAUUUUUUUUCAACCCUUCAUUUCCAGUGUGAGGUUCCGGAGGGUGGGCUGGUUCCCAAGGCUCUCUACAGGACCCCUGAAGAGCUGGAGAGUGAGGACAUCAAACUGUGGACUGAGACCAUAUAUCAGUCAGCCAGUGUUUUUAAAGGCUCCCCGCACGAGGUAUGAGGGGUCUGAUAUAAAUAUAAUAGAAAAUGUACACCACCAUCAUUACUUUUAGGAACCCUUGCGUUGCCACAGACUAAAACUACAAAACUUUCAUUUGAAGAUAGUAGUUAAAUAAAUAUAAAGACUCGCCGAUGCGUUAAAAUCAGAAAUGCAAGUUAUAAAAAUCUAAAUUAGAUACUGACAGAAGAUAAAGUUAAUUCUUAAGAAAAUUAUUGUAAUAUACUUCAGAGCAAAUAGCUUUUUUCUUUUCUUAUUUCUUGUAGUUUUUUCACUCGUGUUGUUGACCUUGACCCCUAUAUAUUUUCACUCCCAAAGAGCCAAUGGCUAAACAAGUUCAAGAGGCAGCCAGACAUUACCUGUGUAGCAGUCAGAUUUUUCAGCUACUAUGUCCUAAAUCUUAAUGACAUGGCUGCAUGCCAGGUAGGUGGAGAUCAGGAGACUUCAACCGUAGAACAUCCAUAAUGAGAAACCAGAGUUCUUUAUGUUUUUAAUUUCAGUAGUUUAUAUAAAACAAAAGCAUACAUUUGCAAGUGAGUUGUGUUAGCAAUUUGAUUCUAGUUAAUCAAACGUCCUACAAAUAGAAGCAGAUUGUCGUAGAAAAUGGGCUGAAUUCGAGUUUUUCAAAUCUGUACAGCAAGGUUCCUUAGAAGCACGGAGAGGCACUAGUGUUUUCAUAAAUUUUUUUUCUAAUAAUAUGAUUCUGGUUUUUACAGUAUGCAUGCAGUGAUUAAGCAAGGUCAGAAUAAAGUAAAUCACAAUGAUCCUGAUUGUGUCAGACUGGCUAAGAAGGACUUACUGGCAGUGUCAGUAUCUCCCUUGUGGCGCUUAUCACAAAGACCAGAUCUAAUAAUACAAGACCUCUUUCUGUGUCACAUUCUGAUGAGUACACAAUUGCCCUUGAAUCCAAAAUUGAAAUCCUAAAACUGCCAGCCUUUCAUUCUGUAGCCUGAAAAGACAAUAGAAGACUGAAUUACUUUUUGUUUUCGCCGUGCUUUGUAUUUAAUUCCUUUUUGUAUGUAUAUUUAUUGGCAAAUGUAAUUUUAAAGCUUUCUAAAUAAAGUAAUUUGAGAGGAAAAUCGAAGCUUUCUUAACUGUAAUAUCAUUUACCAAGCAAGUGGUUUCAUUAGGCUUCACAAAUUAAAUUUGGCAAUGUAUAAAAAUGGGCACACAUCUUGUAGAGAUUUUCCUGUAUAGAACUGGGAUCCUACACUUUUCAAACAUUUCCUAACUUUUUUCCCAAUUACACAUAUGAUACACAUGCAAUGCAUGCCCCAUAAAUUCCCAUAUAGCAGUGGUGCCCAAAAGGUAUAUCCUCAGAUGUUGUAGAACUACAGCUUCCGUGAUGCUUUGUCAUUCUCAAGGCAUGCAAAGCAUUGUGGGGAUUGUAGUUCAACAUCUGGGGAUCUACCUUUUGGACACCCGUGCCAUAUAGUGUUACAAAUUGCAAAUAAAUUGUAUUCAUUUGAGAUUUUGAAAACUGAUUCACAUUGAAGGUGAAACGUUUAUAGAUCUAAUCUUUGAAGGGAUACUCUAGACACCAUAACUGCUUCAUCUCAUUGAAGUGGUCAUAGUCUAAAUACCCCUUGUGUUGUCCUUUCAUUCAGCAUUAAUCUGUUUUAAUGUUCUACGAGAGUUCCCAGCAACCAGCCCCCCACCCCCUAAUGCUGCUCGGGCUAAUGAGAAAAUGGGAAAAAAAUAACCUUUUUAAUCAACCACUUUUAAUUUGGUAUGUCUGUAUAUGUUUGAAAUAAAAUGUAUUGUUUGACUCUUUGAUACAUUCAAAAUGAACUGGGAGUUCCAAUGGGCAAAACAAAAUCUCUUCAUCAUGAUGAUUAAGUAUUCUGUGCAAUACGAAAAGCGUGAAGGGAGAUGGCCGUAAAUUCUCCUUGUCUUUCUGCACGAUGGAAUCCUUUUAUAUUUUUUAUAAUAUUGGAGCAAUAAUUUCUGAAUCUCCUGAUGUGACCAUUACAAUUUUAAAAAAUAAAUAAAUAUAUAUAUAUUUUUUUUUUUUUUUUUUCUACCUCCGUCGAUACAUUUGGGUUUAUUAGGUGUCUUUGUUUUGAAGGACAUUGAUGCGGAGAUGGAAAGGUGGAAUACAUUACUAGAUGUUUGUUUUUGAGUUUUUUAAGAAAGGUUCUGAUGAGUGUGCAGUUCUUGUGGCUAUGGUCAUUUUUGUUUUCUACACUUAACUCCGCAGAUAAUGAUUCAGAUUGUGGACGCAUCCUCUGUUAUCACCUGGGACUUUGAUGUGUGCAAAGGAGACAUUGUAUUCAACAUCUACCACUCCAAGAGGGCACCCCAGGUGCCCAAAAAAGACACUCUUGGAGCUCAUGGCAUAACUUCUCCUGUGGGAAACAAUGUACAGUUAAUUGAUAAGGCUUGGCAGCUGGGACGAGACUACAGCAUGGUGGAGUCCCCACUGACUUGUAAAGAGGGGGAAAGUGUGCAGGUAAUGUACGUCCCAGAACCACCAUUUAUAUUAAAUCGUGAGUUUGUAUAAUAUUGAACAGUCAAUCACAUCACAUAUAUAAAACAUUAAAUGGAAGUUACAACCAAAAUUAUCUGUUACCAGAAGUAACAGAAUAUAUUACAAUAAAAAUGUCCCCCGUUUGCAGACAAUAUUCUGAGCAAUUCUUCUUUGGUUAAAAAAAAGCGUUCAGUUUGUUAGACUAGCUCAGAAAAUAAGUUACAUCCAAUUUCUCUGCAAUUAUUGUGAAAAAUGUCAUGAGAUUACUAUGCUUUGUAGAGUUUUUGAAAAGUAAUUCAAUCUGUGUAUUAUAGAAAUAAUUCUAUAUAGCAGAUCUGCCAAAUUUGUCAGGACUGAAAUCGGGAGAGGAAGGUGCAUCGUAGUCGACCUGCUCACUGGUAAAGGAAGUGUCUGCCUUGUGCAAGUGUGUUAAUAAGGCUGGAGAACAACCUGACACCACAGCCAAUCAGGCUUAACCAUAGACCAAACGCUACUCAAGCAGUGCAUUUGGGUUUAAAUACACUAAAACCUCUCCCAAGUGCAUCACGGAUGAUAAAAUCUCGUGUGAUUGGGAGGUCUAAGGGAAAUCUUGCCACACUGUAGGUCUGCAUUAAGGUCUAAUAUAUAACAAGUAAAUACAUUGUGCUGGCUCAAUCGGUUGACUUAAACUGCAAGGGUCACUUAAUUAAGCGUCUGCUUGGAGAAUGCACUUUAAAAUGAUGGUGCUUUCAAGGCACAAGGUAAGCUAACGUACAUUACUUAAUAUAAAUGGUCCUAGUUGUCUGUUUUAAAAACAUAAAUGAAACACCUGCAUCCAUUUUCAGUGGGAAUAUGUCAAGCACCAGUUACUGUUAUGACAGAAUAAAAAAUAAAAAAAUGCCAAUGGGUGAUUGCAUUAGGCAAUUGUUUUCGAGUACGACGUAGAACCAGGACUUUGUGUUCAAACACUUUUCUCUUGAGUUGACAUUUUCUCAUUUAUGUGCAGGUGUUAACAUGCCUUUCUAAUAAGCAUUUGUUUUAUUUUUACUCAGGGCUCUCACGUGACCCGCUGGCCGGGUUUUUACAUUUUGCAGUGGAAGUUUCACAGUAUGCCAGCCUGUGCCACCAGUAGCCUCCCGCGUGUGGAUGACGUUCUCGCUACCUUGCAAGUGUCCUCACACAAGUGCAAGGUCAUGUAUUACACAGAAAUCAUUGGCUCUGAAGAUUUCAGGUUAGAUUCAACCUCCUUCUGCCUAUACCAAUAUUCUAGAAUACAUACCAACAUACGUGUUUCAUUCUUUAUGGGGUUUAUAUUUGCUCUAUACAGUUAUUAUCCACACGCAGCACAUCAUACCUCUAGAAACCUAAAACAGCCGGCCACUCUUACACAUACAUGUUAAACAUAAAUACUACUCUGCUUGAUCUACCAAAAUACAUAUAAUAGGGUUUAAUUCCUGGUAUCUAAGUUUCUCUAAUUGUUUUUCUGUUUUUUUUUUUUUUUUGGUUAGGGGCUCUAUGACGAGUCUGGAAUCAAGCCACAGUGGCUUCUCACAGCUCAGCGCCGCUACAACAUCCUCCACCCAGUCUCAUUCAAGUUCCAUGAUGUCAAGGUAGCCGGCCCUGAAAUAAACUCCCUCACCUGACAAAACCAGCUGUGUACCACCUUCCUUCCACUGACAAUUUGUGUCCCCUCAAUCAUCUGCCAUUUUUUUUUUCUAUUCACUGAUGGGCUUUAAAGGGUUUUUCCUUGUAUCUUGUCCCUGAGGUUAAGCUUUUAAACUGUUAAAAUACAGUCUCCUUUAAAUUAAAUCACAUUUAUGGCUUUAAUCCGACUUCUUUUUGUAAAGAGUACAUGUACACAUAUGCAAAUGCGCUCACACGGUGGAUUUCAGCUUGUUUCUACAGAAUGUUAGAAUCCACAAAAGGGUUGAGGUUAUUUGUUUGAUUUAUAUGUCAAGUGAGAAUUCUCAGUUUCUUCAGUAGUACACGCAUUUAUAGUGUUCUUUACCGCAAACCAGCCUCAACUUGGUAUUAGCUCAGAGUUGUGAUUUAAGCUGCAAAUAAUAUUGCACUUCUCACUGUGAUUAAGAAAGGCGUAAUUAAAAAACAAACAAAAACAAAAACAUAUGGCAUCAGAUUUCAAACUGUGAUCCAGUAUAGCAGAGAGGAAUACCCUUUCCUUCUAGUCGGAUGGUCAGGUGACUCCUGGCAAAGCAGCAUCGGGUCUAGUUUUCCCAAUGUCUGGCACCGCUAGCAGUUAAAGCAGUCAUAACCUCCUUCUCAUCUAUCUCCUGUAUGGCCGUUAUUUGCUUUGAGGUGAUGGUAUAUUGCACUUGGUGACUUUCCUUUCCUACUUGACACCCUGUUUUUGUGUUGCCUGUUUUGUUUUCUUCUGUUCCACUUUUUUGCAGCCCAUCAUGUUUCUUCAUCCAUGGUCAUUUGGUCUCCUGCUUUUUCAUUGUUUAAUAGCAAUCAUUUUCUUCUGCACUUCCCAGUCCCUUAUACUUCUGAGACAAUGUAACUUUUCCUGCCUCACCCACCCACCUUUUUGUUUUUCUUUCUUUCCAUUUUGGUUAUUACAGAGAGCCAUUCCCUCUGUCAGAGUCUGCACUCCCCUCUCUCACUCACCCCCACGACCUGAAGUCCAACCCGGAUGGGCUCCUGCGUCUCUCCCCGUCCUUCUGGGGCCAGCACUUUUCCACUAUCUACUCCCUCAGACCCCCAGUCUUCCUACGUUGGCCGCUCUCAUGGCGUCUCCCUUUUGUCCGGGAACCUGGGGGAACAGCUGCCAUCGAGACAGAUGCGUCCAGUGCUUCCUGA